ACUUGCAGAGAAAAUAUUGUCAUUUUUGUGUGAAGUUUUUUAGAUGCAAAUUUAUCGACCUCGUGUGCACACUAAAUCGUGCAUGGGAUUUAGAAUCGGAAGAAAUUUAGUUUGAAGUUUAAAUUGAAUUUCAUCGAUGCCAAAUCUAGGGCUUCCAUUUUAUGCUUUCAAACAUAACAUUAAAACAUUUUCUUGUUUUGUGGUCUCUGUAGAAUUCAGGUAAAAUCGAACCAUUACCAAUAGUAGAGGUCAUUAACAAGACACUAAACAUGAUUUGGAGUUUCAUACACAAUCUCCCCGGAAAAACGUGUGUUAUGUGGACUCUCCUCUUUCUCCCAAUGCAUAAUGACAUGUUAAAGAUAUUUGAAUGGGAUAUGUGUGACAUACACCUGCACCAAUGUAUGUUCAUGAGUCCAUAACUCCAUAUAAUAUAGCUCAAAACUGAAAAUGCUCUUUCUGAUGGCCACUUUUGAUGGACAAAGUUUCUUUCCACUAUUACUUUGUCGAUUCAGAACACUUGAUCGAUAGCACCAUUACUAGUUCUAGAUUCUCAAUCUUGAACAUUUUAUAAUUAGUUAUAAUAAGGAACACACAACAAAAGAAGUUGAAUAGGAAAUAGGUUGUUUGGCGGCUUAUUUUAUAACUCAUGCACAUACAUGUCACCUGUCCUAUGAAGUCAACACCGCCUCAAACUCUGUUUUGGUCUUGUGCACAACAAUGUUGAAAAGUUUGACCUGUAACUUGUCUGGGAAUGUAUAAAAGCAAGAGCUUCCCAAUCUCCUUCAAUGUUCAAGACGCCUUUGCGCACUUGAAGCAUUAGUCAAUUAACCCUCCUUUCACUUCAUUCCCUUCACGUUGUAGAGGUGAAUUACUAGUCCUUUUUACAAUGGGUGAUCCCACUGAUAAGGGCCUGCAAAUGAAAGAGAUGGACAUUAGAAGCUUGUCAUCCUCUCAACAUCGAACACAAAGUUUUCCUGGAAUUCACAAGGUGGGAGUCCCCCCUAAGCAAAGCCUCUUGAAGGAGUUCACGGCCACUGUGAAGGAAACAUUCUUCGCUGAUGAUCCUCUACGUGCCUUCAAGGAUCAAUCACGGUCUCGAAAAUUCACCCUAGGCAUGCAGACCAUUUUCCCCAUUCUUGAAUGGGGGCGAGGUUAUAAUUUAACAAAAUUUAGAGGGGAUCUCAUUGCAGGACUCACCAUUGCAAGUCUCUGCAUUCCUCAGGAUAUCGGGUAUGCAAAGCUUGCGAAUUUGGCUCCCCAGUAUGGGUUGUACUCCAGCUUUGUUCCACCAUUGAUUUAUGCCUUCAUGGGUAGUUCACGCGAUAUAGCCAUAGGGCCGGUGGCUGUGGUGUCUCUCUUGUUGGGGACUUUGCUUGAGAAUGAGAUUGAUCCCACUACAAAUGCAGCUGAAUAUCGGCGACUUGCAUUUACAGCUACUUUCUUUGCCGGGAUCACCCAGGCCACCCUUGGGUUUUUUAGAUUGGGUUUCUUAAUUGACUUCCUAUCCCAUGCUGCCAUUGUUGGAUUCAUGGGUGGAGCUGCCAUUACAAUCGCUCUCCAACAGCUCAAAGGUUUUCUUGGAAUCACGAAUUUCACAAAGAAAACUGAUAUUGUUUCUGUAAUGAAAUCAGUGUGGGGUUCUGUGCAUCAUGGAUGGAACUGGCAGACUAUAGUAAUUGGAGUGGUCUUUUUGGCAUUUCUUCUAUUUGCGAAAUUCAUUGGAAAGAAGAACAAGAAAUUUUUUUGGGUACCUGCAAUUGCUCCAUUGAUCUCUGUUAUACUGUCCACCUUUUUUGUAUAUAUCACUCGUGCAGACAAGCAAGGUGUUCAAAUUGUGAAGCAUAUAGAGAAAGGAAUUAAUCCUUCAUCAGUGAAUGAAAUAUAUUUCUCUGGAAAAUAUGUUAUAAAAGGUUUUAAGAUUGGUGUCGUGGCUGGUAUGAUAGCAUUAACGGAAGCUGUGGCAAUUGGAAGAACAUUUGCUUCCAUGAAGGAUUAUCAGCUGGACGGAAACAAAGAAAUGGUGGCACUAGGAACAAUGAAUAUUGUUGGCUCGAUGACAUCUUGCUAUGUGGCAACAGGUUCCUUCUCUCGCUCGGCAGUUAAUUACAUGGCUGGCUGCCAAACUGCAGUUUCUAACAUUGUGAUGUCCUUUAUUGUAUUCCUAACCUUAUUAUUCAUCACACCCCUAUUUAAGUAUACCCCAAAUGCCAUUCUUGCUGCCAUCAUUAUAUCUGCAGUCCUUGGCCUAAUCGACUACGAGGCAACAAUUUUGAUAUGGAAGAUAGAUAAAUUUGAUUUUGUUGCCUGCAUGGGAGCCUUUCUUGGUGUGAUUUUUGUCUCUGUUGAGAUAGGUCUCUUGAUUGCGGUUGCAAUAUCCUUUGCUAAAAUCCUCCUACAAGUUACAAGGCCAAGGACAGCUCUUCUUGGGAGGAUUCCCAGGACAACUGUUUACAGGAACAUCCUACAAUAUCCAGAAGCAUCUAAGGUUCCGGGCAUUUUGAUUGUGAGAGUUGAUUCUGCAAUCUACUUUUCUAACUCCAACUAUAUCAAGGAGAGGAUAUUGAGAUGGUUGACUGACGAAGAAGAGCAAUUAAAAGCUGCAUACAAACCUAAUAUUCAAUUUUUGAUUGUUGAGAUGUCACCCGUUACUGAUAUUGACACCAGUGGCAUCCAUGCCUUGGAAGAGUUACACAGGAGUCUCCAAAAGAGAGAUAUUAAGCUUGUUCUGGCAAAUCCAGGGCCAGUGGUGAUUGACAAGCUACACGCAUCUGAUUUUACCAAUGUGAUUGGUGAGGACAAGAUCUUCCUCACUGUGGCAGACGCCGUGCUAACCUGUUCACCGAAAUCGACAGAAGAGGUUUGAGAUGCGAAAUGGAAAAACAAGUAGCCACUGAGAGAGUGAGGCAUAUAGUGUUAGUGUGACAGAGAACAUAUAUAUAAUGUAGGAAAAAAGGAGGGCUUUGGUGUAGUUGAGUAGUAACUGGUGGGAUUGUCAUAAAGGCUGUCAAGUGGAGUGCGGAGUGCUAAUCCACAAGAAAAGGCGCGCACAAGUUCUGAUAAGGUUCUUCCUCAAACUAAACUAUGGCACUUUUUAGUUUCGAUACAACACGAAUGUAACCUCACUGUGUAGUCUGUGGUGACUCGGGAAAAUUCCUACUCAUAUGUGUGUAUCUUUCAGUAGUCUCAUACCCUUGAAGGGGUUUUUGUUUUCCUUGUUCUUGCUUUAUACAUUUUCCUGUUCACCAGAUAAAGGUUUUCCAGAAAGUGUCUGUUCAUUAGGUUGAAUAGACUGUAAUGACUGAUAAAACAAUAUUAAUAUAAAGCGUUACUGUUUUGUCUCCUUUA